AGAUGCGUAGUGAACUCGCACACAUGUUUGGCCUUGAAGGCCAGUUGGAGGACACUUUGAGAUCAGGCUGGCAGCUUGUAUUUGUCGAUCAGGAGAAUGACGUUCUUCUCCUUGGUGAUGACCCUUGGCCGGAGUUUGUGAACAGUGUGUGGUGCAUCAAGAUACUUUCACCGCAAGAAGUUCAGCAAAUGGGCAAGCGAGACCUGGAGCUUCUUAACUCUCUGUUCCAGUUCAGAGGCUCUCAAAUGGCAGUUGUGAUGACUUUGUGAGCCAGCAGGACUUGAGAAAUAUGAACUCCAGUAUCGCUUCGGUGGGGUCCUUGGACUU